GAGAUCAUCGAUCUGACCUGUGAUGACACAAGCACAGACCCGGCACCAUGGAACAGCCUCACCAUCAUUGACCUGACAGAGGACACAAGCAGCCCUCCCCACACCACUGGCUGGGCUGACCAGGACCUCGGGCAGCGGAAACCUGAGCUCAUCCCCAGCGGGAAGCUGAGCAUGGUGCACACCACCAUGGAGGAGAACUUCCUGGAGGGCACCUUGCAUUUCCUGAGUGAGUUCGUCUCCCACCAGCACUGUCCCCCCAAAGAAAUCAUCUCCCACCUGAUCAGACAGAUCCUGUUGAACCCCCACCAAAGGGAGAUCCUGAAGGACACCUACAUGCUGCUGAUGAAGAUCCAAAUGCUCCAUCCAGCCAACGCCGCCACAGUAGGAUGGGAUUGGACGCUGCUGAAAUACAUCAUGGAGGACCAGGAUAAGCCCCCUGGCUGGCUCCUCUUCCUGCAGUACGUGGUACAGACCCUGGAGGAUGACUUCCAGCAGAAUCUGAGGCUGCGCCUGGUGCAGAAGUCGAUUGCCAAGAAAGUGCUUUCCUGUGACUUGUGCUUCAACAAUGUCAAGGAGGUGGUUGAAUGGUUGGUCGCAGCAGUUACAGGAGUCGGGUUCUCCCAGCCCUGGGAGCAGCCGCAAGAAACUACAUCCUCUUCAGCAGAAGCAAGGGCUGAACGCAGCUCAUCUGCACCGUGGCAGGCCAGCACUGACCAGGCAGAGGUGGCUCCCUCAGCUUUCUUCACCCAGAAGGUGAUGUUCCUGCUCCAGCGGAUGUUGUCCAUCGCAGUGGAAGUGGACAAAUCUCCCAACUGCAGCUCCUGUAAGAUCGCAGAUGUGAUAUUCCCAUUUGUACUGAAUAUUCCCCUGAGGAGCCAAAGGGAGGCUUUCUUAAACACCAUGGAGAGCCAGCUCCUGCGCUGCAAACUGCUAGAGCUGUUGUUCCAGCAUAGCUGCGAUGUGCCCACAACCUUGCCCUUGUCUCUGGCCAAGAUCCUGUAUUUCCUGAGCCACUCCUCUGUGCUGCUGCAAUACCAGGAUGAAACAGCAACAUGGCAAAGAUGGGAUGAGAUGCUGCACUACUUGAGUUUGCUACUGAUGAGUUACCAAAAUGUAAUACUGGAGCACUUGCGGAGCUCACUCAAUGACCGGAUGGACUUGAUCAUUCAGAAAGCCAAGCCCAAGCUCCAGGAUGGUGAUGACAUCAGCCAUCUGGACAUUCAAGUGAAGAUAGAGGACUUCAUCAGCCGAAUGCAGCAGGUCCUGGGGCAGCCUUUUCCCCUGCAAAUCACAGAGAAAUUGUGCAUGCUUCGGGAGUUGUUCCUCAUUGUCACCGCUACCUGA